AUCCUGCCCAAUUCCCCAGGGGCCCCAGGAGGCACCAAGGAGGCCCACACCCGCAGGCAGCCCAGGCCAAGGCCAGCCUACCAGCGCCGCUGCCAGGCUCCCACCGGCCAUGGGUGGCCUUUCCGAAGGGUUGGGCAGGAAACUUCACUUCCUCUCAGGGCCUCUGCCACAGCCCCCCUCGUCCCACACGCCGGCUGCGUUCUGAGUCAGAGACCAGUCGCUACAGGGCCUGGAGACUUCACUGGCCCGUUUCUGGCCGGCAGCUCAGGGAUGCCGUGUCUCUUGGGGCCGGAGAGGGAUCCGUCAGCGGCAGGCGCGCUGGGCUGGGGGGCUACGCGACCCAACGGCGGGAGAGGUACCGCCGUCCCCGCCCUGCCCCCGCCGCGCGCUCCCGCGGCUGUCACUUCAGGGCGCGGGCCCGGGGCGCGGGGGCGGGCACAGCCAGCGCGGCGCAGCCAUUGGCCGGGGUAGGUGGGGCCAGCGGUCGCUCCGGGGCCGGGCGGGCCUGAGAGGAGAUGAAUGGAGCCGGGGCCGGCCGCGAGCAGCCGCUAGAGCGCGGGGCGCAGCGCGACCGUCGGGUGUUGGGAAGAACAAACCAAACACUGGAAUACCGUUCGGCGGCUUCCACAGCUGCCCCCGGCGCCCCCUGGACAGAGAUGCCUCAGCACUCAAUGGGGGACAAGCCCUUGGUCUCCAUGCCGCAGCUGGUCGUCCCAAGCCCAGCGUUGGCCAUGGACAGCGCGUGCGGCCACAGUCCCCCCAGCAGGCGGGUGUCCCUCGGCUCGUCCCCGGGCCACGGCGCCCUGUGUCCCGCCACGCACAGCCCCCCGGACUCCUGCAGCCAGCUGCUGUGCCCGCCGCUGACCGAGAAGCAUGGCCGUCAGAUGCCCCCCGAGAUGCACUACGUGGCUGCUGGGCCACAGAGCGUGGCGUGUGGCUGGUGGGCCUUCACGCCCAAGUGCCUGCAGGCCUUCAACACGCCCAGGAGCUUCCUGCUCUUCCUGUGUGCGGCGGCCUUCCUGCAGGGCAUGACGGUGAACGGCUUCGUCAGCACGGUCAUCACAUCCAUCGAGCGUCGCUACGACCUGCCCAGCUACCAGAGCGGCCUCAUCGCCAGCUCCUAUGACGCGGCCGCCUGCCUGUGCCUCACCUUCGUCAGCUACUUCGGGGGCAACGGGCACAAGCCCCGCUGGCUGGGCUGGGGCGUGCUGGUCAUGGGCGCCGGCUCGCUGCUGUUCGCACUGCCCCACUUCACCGCGGGCGCCUACGAGGCGGAGGUCGCCGAGGGCGUCGGGACGUGCCGGGCCAACCGCAGCGUGGCAUGCAGGGACAGCACCUCGGGCCUGGCCAGCUACCGACUGGUCUUCAUGCUGGGCCAGUUCCUGCACGGUGUCGGCGCCACGCCGCUCUACACGCUGGGCGUCACCUACCUGGACGAGAACGUCAAGUCCAGCUACUCUCCUGUCUACAUCGCAACCUUCUACACGGCAGCCAUCCUCGGCCCUGCCGCCGGCUACCUGAUCGGAGGUGCCCUGCUGAACGUUUACACAGAAGUCGGCCGCCGGACAGAGCUGACCACCGAGAGCCCGCGAUGGGUCGGCGCCUGGUGGGUGGGCUUCCUGGGCGCGGGGGCUGCUGCCUCCCUCAUCGCCAUCCCCAUCCUCGGGUAUCCCCGGCAGCUGCCAGGUUCCCAGCGCUACGUGGUCAUGAGAGUGUCUGAAACACACCAGCUAAAAGACAGUGGACACAAGGCGGCCAGCAGCCCCAACUUCGGGAAAACCAUCAGAGAUCUGCCUCUCUCCAUCUGGCUCCUCCUGAAAAACCCCACAUUCAUCCUGCUCUGUCUGGCUGGGGCCACCGAGGCCACGCUCAUUGCCGGCAUGUCCACCUUUGGCCCCAAGUUCCUGGAGUCCCAGUUCAGCCUGAGCGCCUCAGAAGCUGCCACCUUGUUUGGGUACCUGGUGGUGCCAGCUGGCGGCGGCGGAACAUUUCUGGGCGGCUUCCUUGUGAACAAGUUCAAGCUCCGCGGGGUGGGCAUCAUCAAGCUGUGUCUGCUCUGCACCCUGACCAGCCUGCUGGCCGUCUUCGUGUUCUUCAUCCACUGCCCCAAUGUGCCCAUGGCCGGUGUGACAGCCAGCUACAGCGGCAGCGUCCUUCCGGAAGGCCGCCUGGAGCUGACAGCCGCCUGCAACGCCCCGUGCACCUGCCGGCCCGAGCACUACAGCCCCGUGUGUGGCUCCGACAGCCUCACGUACUAUUCUCCCUGCCAUGCGGGCUGUGGUGGGGAGGCUGCGCCCAGCGCAGGCAGCCAGAAGCAGCAUUCCUGCGCUGAUGGCAACGUUACGGUAAGCCCGGGCCUGGGUCUCGCUCUGGUCCAGAGCCUUCCCUUGCAGCACGCUGCGGUGGAGCCCUGCAGAUCCCGCAGGGUACGUGCUGGGCCCCCUGGAGCCCCGUGGCCGCACGGCGCUAACUGCCUCGGCGAGGGGCUGGCCACCUGGGGAGGCGGUGACGCAGCCUGGGGCUUGGCCAGGACCUGGCAGCUGGUGUGGGGGUGUGACUUGGUGGACGGCCGCACUCUCCAGGACGCUGACGCUGCUGUCUUCCAUUUCAGGUGUGUCUGUGACCGGCAGAGAUCCUUUGCGCUGGGAAUCCAGUGGAUUGUGGUUAGAACACUAGGGGCCAUCCCCGGGCCCAUCGCCUUCGGCUGGGUGAUUGACAAGGCGUGCCUGCUCUGGCAGGACCAGUGUGGCCAGCAGGGCUCCUGCUUUGUGUACCAGAACUCGGCCAUGAGCCGGUACAUGCUCAUCACCGGGCUGGUGUACAAGGUGCUGGGUUUCCUAUUCUUUGCCACCACCUGUGUGCUGUACAAGCCCCCCUCGGAGUCUCCCAACAGCCUGGCAGCCUCUCUGCCCAGCCAGUCCUCGGCCUCUGACAACCCCAUGGACGUCCGGGAUACUCCCUUGGCCCUCCAGCUCCGGAGUGACGUCUGGCGGCCCACCUGUCUGCCCAGGGGCACUUCCUGAGAACUCUGUCGGAUUUCUCCCCAGAAGGGCUAACCCCUCACCCAUUGUGAUACCCCCGUGCUGAGGACCCUCCAGAAAUCUCCCACUGGAUUCCGAGGGUUCCUGAGCUGGUGGAGGACACAUGUGACCCUCAGACACCAGGGAGAGAGAAAGCAAGGCUCAUGGAAAAUGGGCGCACCUCCCUCCUGGUGCCUGGGGACCGGGGUGAUGGUGUCUACGGCUCUCGGGAAGAACGAGGCCCAGCAGCCAUUCCCUUCCUGCUUCCUGCUCCACGACCGGACACAGCCACAUAGCACUGAAUUUCCCUCGGGGGCCCCAAGAGCCCUUGGACACGUUAACAGCCAUGCUUUUAAAAAGGUCUAUGCAAUCGUAACUGUGCCGUUAGUUCUAGAAAGUGCAAAGCCGCCUGCAGGCCUGGUGUGGAGCCGGUGGCCCCCGGAGUUUUGUCGGUUGCCGUCCUGUCUGGGAGCCUGGGGAGGGCCCGCCACGGACCUCCAUGUGCACACACGGCCUUACGCGUGGCACCGUCGAAACCACUGGAUUAAAGUAGAAGGCACUGGCCCCCGCCGCGGGGUGUCUGCCAGCCAUGCUUCCGAACGGGUUCCACUCCCUGCGCCCUGCGGACCAGCCCGGCCUGACUUCCGGUGUUUCUCCAGAGGUCAGGGAAGGGGUGUGAGGCUGUCCCCGGGGGCGCCGUCCCGGGGGAGCCGCCUUCUCAGUGUUUUCUAACCUGUCCUCAGAUCUGCAGCAGGAUGGGAGCACCGUGCACAAGCAGAUAUUUAUGGACCAAUAUUUUACAUAAACUUAUUUAUAGGAUUGUUUUUUACUGGGUAGUGCGGUGUGCGUGUAGCGGCACACUCAGUAGGCACGUGUGAUUCUACCACAAGGACGGCAGCACUUCCAUGGAAUGUCUGUUGGCGGGUGUCCUCACUUAAAAUGAUGUGUAUAUAAAUAUAUUUUAAUAUAUAAAAACCUAUCUCUCUGUCCAA